UCGCUAAAGUCGUAUACGAUACGAACGAUAAAUGGUGAAAUGUUUCGAUAAAUUUUGAUAUCGUUCUGUGAUAAGAUAUGUCUAAUGUUAAAUGUCCGUAUUUCAUUGAUUUCUUAUAAUUGAUAUUAAAUAAAUAGGCAAAAUGAAGACACGAUUUAAUACGUAUGAUCUUGUUUGUUCCGUAACGGAAUUACAAAGAUUAAUUGGUAUGCGUGUCAAUCAAAUAUACAAUGUCGAUCAUCGUACAUAUUUGAUACGUUUUCAACGAAGCGAAGAAAAAUGUAUCCUGUUAAUCGAGUCUGGUAAUAGAAUGCAUACUACAGCUUUCGAAUGGCCCAAGAAUAUAGUACCAUCGAGUUUUUCAAUGAAGAUGAGGAAACAUUUAAAAAAUAAGAGACUCGAAAGUUUAAAGCAAAUCGGUACUGAUCGCAUAGUGGAUUUACAAUUUGGCAGUGGAGAAGCUGCAUAUCAUAUAAUAUUAGAAGUAUAUGAUAGAGGCAAUAUUGUUUUAACAGAUUAUGAAAUGACAAUUAUAAACAUUCUAAGACCUCAUACAGAAGGUGAUAAAGUUAGAUUCGCGGUUAAAGAAAAAUAUCCUUCAGAUCGUGCUUAUACUGCUACUAUGGCACCGCUCGAAGAUAUUAAAAAAUCCAUCGAAUCCGCUAAAUCUGGUGAAAAUCUAAAGAAAGUUUUGAAUCCUCUUUUAGAAUUUGGUGCAGCUGUAAUCGAUCAUGUUCUAUUGCAAGCUGGUUUUGCAUCUGGAUGUAAAAUUGGUAAAGAUUUUGAUAUUGCAAAAGACAUGUCUAGGUUGAUUGUAGCUCUGCAAAAUGCAGAUGAUAUGUUGAAUGAUGCAAAAAAAAAUAUUUCAAAAGGAUACAUUAUACAGAAAAAAGAGAUUAAACCGUCAACAGAUAAUGAAGAAGAUUUCAUAUUUGCUAACAUAGAGUUUCACCCUUUUCUAUUUGAGCAGUAUAAAAAUUGUCCUUAUAAAGAAUUCGAUUCGUUUGAUGUCGCGGUAGAUGAAUAUUUUUCCACAAUGGAAGGACAAAAACUUGAUUUGAAGGCUUUGCAAAAAGAAAAAGAAGCCAUGAGAAAAUUAGAAAAUGUAAAAAAGGAUCAUAGCCAAAGGCUAAUUACGUUAGAAAAGACACAGGAAUUGGAUAAAUGGAAGGCAGAAUUAAUUUCUAGAAAUCAAAGUUUAGUAGACAAUGCAAUUUUUGCGAUACAAAACGCACUUGCAAAUCAAGUAUCAUGGCCAGAUAUUCAGAUUCUAUUAAAAGAGGCACAAGCAAGAGGUGAUCCUGUUGCUUCUGCUAUUAAACAGUUGAAAUUAGAAACAAAUCACAUUGCGUUAUUAUUACAAGAUCCUUACGAAGAUAGCGACGAGGAGUCCGAAUUAAAACCGACAGUUAUUGAUAUUGAUUUAGCUUAUAGUGCCUUUGGUAAUGCAAGAAAAUAUUAUAAUCAGAAAAGGUCGGCAGCUAAAAAGCAGCAAAAGACCAUAGAGUCUCAAGACAAAGCUUUAAAAUCGGCAGAAAAGAAAACAAAACAAACAUUGAAAGAAGUACAAACAAUUCAUAGUAUUAAUAAAGCAAGGAAAACGUAUUGGUUUGAAAAAUUUUACUGGUUUAUCUCUUCAGAAAAUUAUCUUGUUAUUGGUGGAAGAGAUCAACAACAAAAUGAAUUGAUUGUAAAGAAGUAUCUUAAAACUGGAGAUGUUUAUGUUCAUGCAGAUCUAACAGGUGCUAGUUCUAUUGUUGUAAAAAAUCCUGCUGGUGGACCUAUACCUCCUAAAACAUUGGCAGAAGCAGGCACAAUGGCCGUAGCGUAUAGCAUUGCUUGGGAAGCUAAAGUAGUCGCAGGGGCAUGGUGGGUAAAUAAUGAUCAAGUUUCAAAAACUGCACCAACGGGUGAAUAUCUUACAACUGGAUCCUUUAUGAUACGUGGGAAAAAGAAUUAUUUGCCUCCGUGUCAAUUGAUAAUGGGCCUUGGCUUUCUAUUUCGUUUGGAAGAUAGUUCUAUCGAACGGCAUAAGGAUGAACGAAAAGUCAGAGUUAUAGACGAUGAAAUUGAAAAGAAUGAAUCUACGGUUGAAAUAGAUAAAGAAAUAGAAUUAGAAGAAAACAGUGAUGAAGACGAAGAUUUGGAAAAUCCAAUACAAUUAGAUUCUAUUAAAGAAGAAUCUUUUAUAGAAUUUAACGCGAUGCCAAAGGAAAAUGAGAAUAAACGUGACAGUGGUAGUGAAGAAGAUCCAGACUUUCCAGAUGUAGAAAUCAAAAUUGAUUAUUCAACAUUAAGAGUCGAACUCCAUGAUGAAAAUGAUACUAUAUAUAAGAAAGAUGAGGAAGAUGUUACUUUUGUUGGCAAUGAUAAAUCUAUAGUAAUAAAUUGUAAUAAAGAAGAAACUACAAGAUUUAAACAACAAUUGGCUUUAAAGACUGAAAAAGAAAGUAAAAAGCUUGAACAGGGUCAAUUGAAAAGAGGCCAAAAAAGUAGACUUAAAAAGAUAAAGGAAAAGUAUAAAGAUCAAGACGAGGAAGAUAGGCACUUGGCUAUGGAAGUUUUACAAUCAGCAGGAGCUGCAAAAGAAGAUAAACGUCGUAACAAACAUAAAGAUCCGUCUGGUCCUAAACAACAAGGAAAGAAAAAGGGAACAGUAAAUCCACCUACAAUAAAACAUAUUAAUGUCGAUCAUCUCGAUGAAGAAGAUACAGGACCAGUACCUGAGAUGGAUAUGUUAGACCAAUUAACAGGAAAACCAGUUUCUGAAGAUGAAUUAUUGUUUGCUGUACCAGUUGUAGCACCUUAUAAUACUAUAUUAAAUUAUAAAUUUAAAGUAAAAUUAACACCAGGUACAAGUACAAGGGGGAAAGCUGCAAAAACUGCCAUAGCUGUGUUUUUAAAAGAUAAAGAGAUAACCUUGCGUGAAAAAGAUUUGUUAAAAGCUGUUAAAGAUGAAUCAGUAGUUCGAAAUAUACCUGGAAAAGUAAAAAUAAGUGCACCACAAAUUCAAAAAAUAAAGAAAUAAAUAGUAUUUCUUAAAUAAUAUUAUAUUUUUAUGCUCGUUUAUAAUUGUAUAUUAUAAAUAUAUUUAAGUCUGUUUAUUAUUGGUUAAUUGGCAAUGUUUCAUGAAAAGUGUACUCCAAAAAAAAAAAAAGAAAAAAAAAAGAAAAGGAAAAAUAUAAAAAAGGGAAUAGAAGAAAAAGAGGAU